AGCUUUCAGACGGGCACACACACACACACACACAGACCUUUAGAAACGUUGCAAAGAUGCUCUGUGUCAGAACAUAUCGAGAGCAGCCACUGGGGAUGCCUUGCCAACACAAAUCUAUUCUGGAGAGAGUUCUUAUGGUGGACCAGAUCCUGUCGGAGUUCCAGCUGAAGAAGGAGCAGUUGCGAGAGGUGAUGAAGCGGAUGCAGCAGGAGAUGGAGCGAGGCCUACGUCUGGAGACGCACAACGAGGCCAGCGUCAAGAUGCUGCCCACUUACGUCCGCUCCACCCCGGAGGGCUCAGAGGUGGGUGACUUCCUGGCUCUGGACCUGGGAGGCACCAACUUCCGUGUGAUGCUGGUGAAGGUGGGCGAGGAUGAGGAGAAGGGCUGGAAGGUGGAGACCAAGCACCACAUGUACUCCAUCCCCCAGGACGCCAUGACGGGGACCGCUGAGAUGCUGUUUGACUACAUUGCUGAGUGCAUCUCUGACUUUCUGGACAAACACCGAAUCAAACAUAAGAAGCUUCCUCUUGGAUUCACCUUCUCUUUCCCGGUGCGGCAUGAGGACCUUGAUAAGGGCAUUCUGUUGAACUGGACCAAAGGCUUCAAAGCCUCUGGGGCUGAGGGGAACAAUGUUGUGGGGUUACUGAGAGACGCCAUCAAGAGAAGAGGGGACUUUGAAAUGGACGUGGUUGCCAUGGUGAAUGACACCGUAGCCACCAUGAUUUCCUGUUACUAUGAAGACCACAGCUGUGAAGUGGGCAUGAUUGUUGGCACAGGCUGUAACGCGUGUUACAUGGAGGAGAUGCGGACGGUGGAGCUGGUGGAGGGGGAGGAGGGCCGCAUGUGCGUGAACACGGAGUGGGGUGCGUUCGGGGCCAACGGCGAGCUGGAGGAGUUCCGACUGGAAUACGAUCGGGUGGUGGACGAAACCUCUCUCAACCCUGGCCAGCAGCUGUAUGAGAAGCUGAUCAGUGGCAAGUACAUGGGUGAGCUGGUGCGCCUGGUGUUGCUGAAGUUGAUCAACGAGGACCUGCUGUUUAACGGCGAGGCUUCUGACAUCCUCAAGACCAGAGGGAGCUUUGAGACACGAUUUGUGUCGCAGAUUGAGAGUGACUCAGGAGACAGGAAACAGAUCUUCAAUAUCCUGAGCACGCUCGGGGUCCUGCCAUCUGAGAUGGACUGUGAUAUUGUGCGUCUAGUGUGUGAACGGGUCUCCACGCGGGCUGCCCAUAUGUGUGCAGCCGGACUGGCUGGUGUCAUCAAUCGCAUGCGGGAGCGCCGCAGCCAGGAGGCGCUCAAGAUCACUGUGGGCGUGGACGGGUCCGUCUACAAACUCCACCCUCGUUUCCAAGAAAGGUUUCACACGAUUGUGCGGGAACUCACGCCAAGCUGUGACAUCACUUUCAUCCAGUCUGAGGAAGGAAGUGGACGAGGUGCUGCACUGAUCUCUGCAGUAGCUUGCAAGAUGGCCGCUUGCAUGUUGACCCACUAGGGGAUGCUGAUGGUACCCUCUGGGUGUCAAGUGGAGGAAGAAUUCGGACUGCGGGACAGCUGGACUACAUUGUUAGCUACAGCUCAUGCACGUCUUCUCUUAGAUCUCUCUCCAGAUGGAAGAAUUAGUUGGAAGCGCAAGGCUCUCAGUGUAAACAGUGGACAUCAUUACCUCUGGGGCAACUCACCAUACACAGAGAUUGUAUAAUCAUCAAAGUGUAAAACACUGGGUAGCUCUUCCACAGAACUCAUGAUUGUCAUAUCCUGUCACCGAAGCUUUUGAUCUCAGUGUCUAUGAGCAUGUACAUAGGCUAGGUUCCUACAUCAAAUAUUUCAAACACCUCAUGAUUUACAAAGGGUCCUGUUUACAUUUUAAACACUUACCACAUUUUAAACACUUACAUUUAUUAACAUAUUUUAUUCAAUGAUCCAUUAACACUGGAAUAGGCUACGUUUGGAUAGGAAAGUUGUUGGCCUUUUGGAAGCGCUGAUAGGUGAUGAGACUUGAAGUUCUGAGAUGAACAGUUACCAUAGAUAGAAAGAAGAGGAGGAAGAAUAAUAUACUGUAUUAUAUCAGAGGUGUUAUAAAGGUUAUUUAAGACUUUGAUUAUAUCCUCAGCUGAUCUUUUUGCUGAACUUGUGUAAUAAUUGAUUGACCAUUUUAUUUAUUGACUUGUAAAUGAACGUGUAGCCUGAUAGCUGUUAAACCCUCUGAUAUUCAGCACUAGAUGAAUGAACUGUGCUUUGUACUUGUGAAAUUACUACACGAAUGUAAAU